GAGCGACAACAAGAACAUCUCCAGCCGGGAGUACGCCUCCAGCAAGGAGGAGGUGGCCGUGGCUCAGGAGCAGUUCUUCGCCCCGGAGCCGCGGAGAGGCAUCUCCGUGAUUUUGGAUCCACUGUCUGAAGUUGUCAGAAGCCAUCUGAAGACAGAAGAAAGGAAGGAGAAAGGCACAAAGACUGGUCUAUGAUCACUGAUGGGGAUCAUGCAUGUUGGCUAUUAAAUCAGCAAUAGCAAGUAAUAUAAAUCAGAUUCUAUGAACUGUAAAUCCAGGCAGUGCUGCACCUGCAGUGUUCUUACAUAUUUACAUUUGUAGAACGAAUGGGUUCACAGAUAAUACUGUCAAAAUACAGUCUGAGAUACAGUAGGAUAACACUGUUUCCUGUGGACAGAAAUGUGUAUACAGCUCACAGAAUCUAGUCACAGAAUGUGGUUUAAUCCCACUCGCUAAAAGUAAUUUCUCUUUCACCAAUAUUUAAGUCUGUGUAGCCUUCAGCCAAUUUUGUGUGUGCAGUUAUUUCAGAUGUAGGGCAUGACAUGACUAGGCAACUAGCUAACCGGCAUGAAUAUUAGCAUGCUAACGUUAGCGUUUUUUUUAGUAAAAUCAUGUGUCUGUCAGAACUAAUUUGUGACUAAUACGUAAAAAUAACUCAACUACAUAGGAAUUGCAAGUCAUCGAUUACUUUAGUAUUACAAAUCAGCAAAUAAAAUUCAAUCCACGAAUUUGUGUACUUACCAGUGCAGUGUUUGUUGCCUCUGAGUAGCCGUUUUUUGAUUGGUGAAGAAGGUCAAAGUUACGUGUGACGUGUUCAUGGUGACGUUUCAGCUGAGACACCGGAGUGUCGAUAUUUACUCAACCGCUAGAGGUCGCUUAACUUCAAAACGUAACACUCGGUCGUAAUGACGGGCGUGUACAAACGACCUAUGUGGUGGUUUUUUCAAGGAGGACAGUCUCGUCCUGUAAAGAGUCUUUAGCCUCUGUAGGGCAAUCUAGUCCCCAUCCAUCAAUCAAUCAAUCAAUCAAAGUUUAUUUCUAUGGCACUUUUCAUACAAAAAGUAACACAAAGUGCUUAACAAGUUAAAAACAAACAAUAAAAAACAAUAAAAAGACAAUGCCCCACAUCCCUCCCAAAUACUGCCCCACAUCAUACUUCCUAUGAACACACAGACAUACACACACAGACAGUCACACACAGACACACACACACACACACACGUUUGUACUUCUAUCUUAGUGAGGACAUCCAUAGGCGUAAUGCAUUUCCUAGAGCCUUACCCUAACCUUAACUAUCACAACUGAUUGCCUAAACUUAAUCCUUACCCUAACCAAACCUCAAUUCAUACCUGUUCGCUAAAAACAAGCCUUCACCCUCAAACAUGGCUGUUUCAAAGUGAGGACCGGCCAAAAUGUCCUCACUUUGUAAAAAUGUCCUCAGUUUGAUAGUUAAAUGCAGAAAAUGGUCCUCACCAUGUAGCAAGAACACACACACACACACACACACACACACACAAAAAAAAAAACAACAGUACAACACACAGGAUUAAUUCUAAUUUUUAUGCUCCCAUCAGAGGAAUGUUUUGACACACUGCUGCAUGCUGCUCUUCGACCAUGAAUCAUCUGAUGCACGAAAGCCAAACAGUUUAAAUGUCAAGUUUUAUUGGGAAUUAUGCGCUUGAUGUCACUGACUAAACCAGCUGAGACUACAGGAAGUCACUGCAUCUGGACAACAAAUAGUGUAGUUACGUAAUUUGAACCCAUUUAAUACAAUUAGCUGUUGUUUUAACACUUCACUUUUUCUACGAAAUGAACAAACAAGAUGCAUUUGGUGUAUUUAUUUACAUUUAUUCAGUGAGUAUUUGCAUUUCCUCAUUGGUCCAAAUAUUCUUUAAGUUCUACUUAUGGUUUAGUGGAAAUAGUUACUUGAUUAAUCAAUUAGUCAGUGUAUAUUAAAUUACCUUGUCUGUCUGGGUUGCAUUGGACUUGGCAAGAAAACAAAAUAAAUAAAGAAUAUUCAUUGUUAUAAUUUUUACUUUGCCAAGGAAUGCGGCAGAGUUAUGUGGCAAUUGCUGUACGUUUGUCUGUCUGUUAUUCUGUCUGUGUGCAACAUUACUCAAAAACAGAUUAACAAAUUUGGAUGAAAUCUUCAGGGAAGGUCAGAAAUGACACAAAGACCAACUGAUUAGAUUCUGGCAGUGAUGCAGCUCAUAGUCUGGACCCACAUAUUUGCUAAAGAUUUCUAUAUCAUUGCAAGACAGCAGCAGGACGUCACCGCAUUUCUGACAAUGCCAUAUGGGGGAAUGAACAGCCUUGGUGGAGUACUGAACUCUCUGAGUGCUUUUCUUGUUAUUGUGAUAAUUCUAGUAGUUCUAGUGUAAAACAUUCCCUGGGCCUUGUUCAUAGGAGGUCUGUUUUAUGUUUAGAUCAUUUUUUAUGUUUAACUGAUGUUGUGGUUUGUGUCUGGAAGAUGCUCAUCCUCCAUGAAGCUGGUUGGCAUGCUUGGUUUGUUGUCAGCUAAUGUGUCUGCGUAAAGCUAUGAAGGAAGGGUCUUAUAAAUGACUCAAUGUAAAGAUAAAACAUACAUUUAUUCAUUAACUCAUUCAAUAAUUUUGCCCUUGUCUCUUCCGUGUUCAUAGCGCAUCGUCACAGCUGGAGAAUUGUCUGACAACGCCUCAUUGUUCUGCUAUAGGGGCACAAGACUGGAUUGUUUGUAUUUCUUCAAACCAGUCACAGUCAUGUUGGGCAGUGUUAAGCCCAGGAUGCAGCAAUGGUGUCAGGUUCAGUGUAUUUGGUGGAAAGAACCAGCAGUUGCCUGAUUGCAUGAUCCAAUUCCUUUGCGAGAUUUGUCAUUUCCAGUUUGAGAGGUGCUCAUUAGGAAGCGGAUGUUAUUGCUUGACUAGUAAAGGGAAUUUUCAAAACAUGGCUUGCUUAUACCCACAGUCUACAUGUGGUGAGACAGACUUCUGUUGCCCUAAUUAAGUUACACAUGCACAGAUGUGAUCAAAGUUUUCUCUGAUCCCUUUUGCAAUGUAAAACUUACAAUUAGGCUUUAGAUCAGUAUUGUCUCAUAUAGAUUUUAUUGGGUUAUUAAAGACGAUUUGAUUGCAUUAAUUCAGAAAAAAAGUAAGAAAUGCAAUAAAGGGAGGUUUAUAAUGCAAAAAUGAGUGUUCAUACCGGGUGUUUCCCUCCACUGCAGCAGCACAGAGAGGGAAUGACUUGCUCAUUAGCUGCUGGUUCUCUCCAUCCCGUGACAGAGCGGAAAACCGAGGGAAACCCUGAUUUGUUUACACGUGAGCAUUUGCCUACCUCUUCCACACGCACUGGUCGCUGAGCGCUGGUUCGUUCAUCUGGGCUCGGCCUGCAGCUAACAGGAACUGAGCAGGCAGGAGACAGCGAUGCAGAUGAAACCUGCCAUUCUUCAGCCUCAUUCUCUGGAUUUUUCAGCAUCUCUUUCUCUCUAUUAGGGCAAAAGGACAAGAAAACACUCCUGAGGUUAAAUAGUUAUUUUCACAAUUAGAGCACAAUGUCAUAUAAAGACCUGCAAUAAAUGAUACAUUAAGGAGAGACUCUUACAAUGAGAAAAAGCAUGAUGAAUGGAAUAUCACUGCCUUUCAGCAUUGUGAAAACACACAAUUAAAAUAAAUCUCCACGAGGAAGAAGCAGAGCAGGAUAUUGACAGGGAGAAUACAGCCGAGAGCAAAUUAUAUAAGCGUGCACUGUAUAUCCAAUAUAUCAUUAACACAUAAUGCAAUACCCCAGUGGAGGAAAAACUCUCGAGCACCCACAUCUAAAAGAAGUCUGAUUCUCAUUUUCUCGCUCUGUUCCACUCUCUCCUUCCCCGUGGGAUCACACUAGGUGCAUCCAUCAAGUUAAUUAAACAGAGUGUUCUAUAAUUAAGAGGAAUUUUAAUAGGCAAGCAGCAGGAAACAGGUCAGGAUAGAUUGCACUGAAGUGCUGAAUAAACAUGGAUCAGAAUGAAAGAGAUUUAGUGAGUGAAGCUAUCUCAAAGCUGGGCUGGACAAUUUCUGUAUUAAAUCACCCAAACAGUGGCCACAUUACUGCCACAGCGUGUGUUUGUGUGUGAGAGCCUCGGGGUGUGUGUACAUGUCAGGCAGCAUUCAGCUCUGCAGGAAUGCUACAAGAGUGAUGUGUCAGCUUGGAGUGCUGCAGCCAGCAGGGGGCACUGUUGUAUGAUCAGUCUGCACUGAAGGAUGUUCUCGGGGGCAAACCGGCCUCUCGGCUGGCCUUGGGAAUCACAAAUUAGUCUGUCCAGCUAUGUGAGAUCUAACAACGAGCAACCACUCUGGGUUAAAGUGUUCAAAAACAUUUUUGGGGCGGAAGGGAGCUCGUUAGAGCUCGUAAAAACCAAUUCUGAACCCUGUGGGACGGGGGAAAAAACAGAUUUUUAAAAUGCGGGUCCUCUAAGAAAGAGUUUAAAACCCACUGGUGCGGACAGAGGAGCAGAUGGUGAGGCAGCAGAUGAUGACUCUGCAAGAGCUCGGCUCAAAACAGAAAUAGCUCUGACAUUCUCGUGUCUGUCUCGCUCUCUUCCAUCUAUUCUUUUCUUUGUGCACACCAUGGGUGUGUUUUCUUGCGUUCACACUCGCCCAAAAAACCUACACAGCAGCAACUACUGAACCACAAACAUCUCCCUUCCAGGAAUCAGUCAGAAAGAAAAGAAUGAUGGGAAACAAGGAUCAUGCUGAAAAAUUAACCAGACAAACCACGUCCAACUUGUGAGUGUGCAUGUGAGUGUGCACGUGCAUGUAUGUGUAUGUGGGUGUGUAAGUGAGUAAUAAAGGCUAUUUAAGAUUUACCACUAUUAAACUAGACGGUACACUGCCAGUCAAAAGUUUGGACACAUCUUCUCAUUCAACAGUUUUUAUUCAAUUAUUUUCUACAUUGUAGAUUAAUACUGCUGCACAGUGACGUAGUGGUUAGCACUUUGCACCACUCUCCCUCCAUGUUGAGGUGGGAGUGGGAAUUUCUCUAUAGAUUUUUAAAGAAAAAUCAAAAGAAAUGAAAUAAACAAUUUGUCUUUAAAAAGACAGUAAAACUGUUUAAAAGUAAAACAAAAUGUGGCCAAUAUAUAAAUAAACUUAUGCCCAGUCGCGACGUUUCAACCUGAAUGGGUCUUUAUCAAGCUGUUGGGCAAUGUAAAUAUGGCUUGCUCGAUAGGUCUGUUCGGCUUGAGAGCAAAAUCACAAAUGAGCUCUGCUCCGCUUGGUGGAAGGCAUUAGAAAUUGCAAACUCUAAAUUGGAGCCCUGUAAGUUUUCUCCCAUUUGGUACAACCCUGAUUUUCAAGUUAACAAUCAGCCGCUCCAUUUAGCUGUUUGGGAGCAGAAUGGAAUCACACAUCUCCACCACCUCUUCUCAGAUAAUACGUUCAUGUCAUAUACAAACUUGCUUCAAAAAUACAAAAUAAAAAAUGGGAAUUUUUUACAUUAUCUUCAAGUUAAAAAUAUUAUUAAGAAACGAAUCCCAACACUUCAAAGCACGCUCCGGCCGCCGGCAUUAGCUGAAGCAAUCAUAAAGCUCUCUCCGACAACAACUAAAACCCUCUCUAAAAUAUAUAAGUUACUCUUAAGCACUGAUACAAUACAUUUACCUAUCUCUAAAUGGGAGUCAGAUCUAUCUAUAUCUCCGGAACCAGACUUCUGGACUCAAAUUUGCGAUAAUGCAUUUAAAAUGACAAAAUACACAAACUUACAACUCAUCCAAUACAAAAUCCUCCAUAGAACACAUAUUACUCAAUAUAUGAUGAACAAAAUGGGAUUCUCCGACUCCGACAUCUGUCUCCAGUGCUCCCAGAACACUGCUGAUGCUUAUUUUCAUGCUCUAUGGCUGUGCACCCCCGUAAAAAAUUUCUGGACCAACGUCUCAGAAAAACUUUCCGCUAUCUUAAACUGCAGGAUUCCUCUAUCUCCAAGUCUGUGUUUACUUGGCGACUUAACAACAACGGACCUACCACGCAAACAAUCUCAAUCCUUACUUGUAGUCCUCGCCAUUGCCAAAAAAACAAUCCUUGUUAACUGGAAAAAUAAGCAAUCUCUGAACAUUAAUCUCUGGUUGAACCUCCUCAUAAAUCACAUUUCAAUGGAGAAAAUCUCUGCUUCAAAUAAAAAUCAGUUGUUAAAUUUUAUACAAACAUGGUCACUGUAUGUUAACUACCUUAACUUAAACCUGGUAACCUGACUCUGCCUGUUAGCGAAAACCACCACAUCACCCCAAUAUAUGUUGCUGCUUAUGUAUGUUGGCAUUGUGUAACUAAUGAUUGUCUUCAGUUAGGAACCCAGUCGCUGUCAGCAGGAUCGAGCGGGCCGUAUCGACGACAACUUACAGUCAACAACUCCCCAGGAUCCUCUGUCUAUAUGCAUGAAUGGCUAACUUGGUGUUACUGCAUGCUUGGCUAAUCUUCCAGGUGCUGUCCCCUGUGGCUCGAUGUGGUUGGCCUUGUUCCCCGGGCGGCGCUCGGUUUGGGCGGGCGCCGGGUCGCCUCGGGGGCCGGGGGUCGUGGGGGGCUGGUGGCGUCCUGCGGGGUGGCUGCUUCUG